GAGGAACCAAUCUUCUUGUUUAGAUUCUUCUGUCUGAUGCAAUGGAUAUUGAACAAUUGAUGAUUCAACUAAGAUUUUGAUGCUUUCUUAGAAAGCUGGCAUGGACAGCAAGGGAAAGACUAAGAUAUGCUGUGACAAGAAGUGGGAAAACUAUGUUAAGGAUGCUUCAGCUAAUGAUCAGGGAAAUUCUGUCAGUAUAGCAGGGUCCGAGGACAGUAACAAUCCUGCCAAGAGUUCUACUUCGGCAUUAAUCAAUUCGAAUAAUAUGAAUGGUUCUAACUCUGAUUGUCCUAUGUUGAUGGGGAGGAGGAUUGUGACGAUGACUAUGCUGAUUAUGGUGACGAUGACGAUUUCUUAUAUGAAGAUGAUUAUUCAAUUAUGCAAUCCCAUUUUGAAAAUGUGGAUCUUCCUCUGGGGUCGAGGCUUUGAUUCCUUGGUUGAAAGACUCUGCUCCAAUUGGAAAUCUGCCUCCUUCCCUGGCUGUCCCAACCUCCCCCAAGACAUCAAAUUUGGCCGAUAGCAAGCUGAAGUCGACUUCUACCGAUACUUCAAUGGUCCCAAGAGAGUCGGGGUCUGAUUCCAAAGGAGGAAAUGGAGAUAUGCAAAAAUUUCUCAGUUUCAAACAUUUUGAUGUUGUGGAUGAUUCUCGGACCAUCAUUACAGCAUAUGAACUCAUCAGGAGGGCAACCAAAGGAGUGGGCAAAGCAAUACAGGAGUGGAAGAUUCUUGAAAAGGACUUAGCCGAAACUAUAUAUGUGAGAGUUUAUGAAGGAAGAAUGGAUCUCUUAAGGGCUAUCAUUAUAGGACCUGCUGGUACUCCAUAUACCAUGACGGCCUUUUGUUUUUGA